AUGCCGUCAGUUACCUCCUCCGCGUCCACCAACUCCAACCCGUUCGCCGAUGCCAACCCUCCCGACGUCAACGACAUCCGCAAACUAGACAUCUUCGAGCGGGUGCCGACGUACUUCUCCCUCGUGUUCCGGGAGUACCAUCUCAUGGACCACGUGGACGGCACUGUCGACUCCAGCCUCGUCCCCGAGUUUCACGACUGGUCCACCAUCGACACCACGAUCAUCCGCUGGUUUUUCCUCACCAUCACGCCCGACCUCUUCCAGACGGUCGUGAUGGACGGUGAUGAUGCCUGCGCCGUGUGGACCAAGCUGAAAGAGCUCUUCACCGACAACAAGCUCCAGUGUCGCGUUUUUCUGCAGCAAGAGUUCUUUGGGUGUCAUCAGGACAACACCUCCAUCGACGGCUAUUGUCACCGCCUUAAGACUCUUGCUGACGAGCUUCGUGAUAUCGGCGCCAAGGUCGAUGAUGACCUCCUCCUCAGCACGCUCACCGCCAGGCUCAACGAGGACUUCGGCAACGCCGCGGGGAACCUUAGCCUCAUCCCCAACCCGUCUUUCGCCAAGUUCGUGAAGACGCGCGCCAUCCACACCGCCCUCGCCGCCGGCACCACCCGCAGCGGGCCUCCGGCGCCUCCCGCUGCCCCGGCACCCCAGCAGCGUCAUCAGGCGCCCUUCUCGGCGCCCCAGCAGUCGGGGCUCCUGCCACUGCCGUACGGCCCGCCCUCGCCCCCCGCUAAAAAGCGCCGCGGGGGCCGGUGCGGUGGCCGCCGUGGCGGUCAGCAGCAGCAACAGCAGCAGCCGCAGCAAGCUGGCCAGCAACAGCAGCUGUUUCAGGCGCCGCCGCCGCUCCAUGUGCUGCCCCCAUGGGCUUCCGGCUACAACCCCUGGACCAGUGUCGUCCAUGCGUACACCAUGCCGGUUCCACGGGCUCCUACACUGGCGCUUCCCGUGCCGCGCCCACCGGCGCACCAGGCGUACUACGCGGCUCCGCAGCCGUACGGAGGAUACCCACAGCCGCAGAUGAGCGGCGCCUAUGGUCUCCCUGUGGCCGCGCCGCCGCCCUCGCCGGCCCUGCCGCUGGCUCCUUGGGAUCCGGCGCUCCUUGCCACGCUGCACGCUGCGCCUACGCCGAACAACUACACUAGAGGCGGUGGUUGGUACAUGGACACCAGGGCUACGGCUCACAUGUUUGCUCAUCCUGGUAAUCUUGCCUCUUUCACUCCUGUCACCACCGACCGCCGCAUCAUUGUCGGCGACGGUUCCACACUACCUAUCACACAUGUUGGGCACACUUUUUUUCCUUCUAUUUCUAUGCCUAUUACUUUGUCUAACAUUCUUGUGUCACCUCAUCUUAUUAAAAAUCUUGUUUCCGUUCGUUGUUUAACUCGUGAAAAUCCUGUUACUGUUGAAUUUGGGCUUGGUUUUUGUGUCAAGGACGCUCGAACCAGGAUGGUACCCCCAGCUGUUCCUCCCGCCACCGGCGACACGGGCUCCUCGACGCCGCUCCCAGGGCGCUCGCGCCUCUCUUGGCCCUCCCCUGGCUUUGAGGCGCGUCCCCCCGCAUGCGACGCCUCCUACAGCCGUGGCCGCGGCCCCCGCGCCCCCGGCGCCCACGGCCCCUGCGGCCCCCUCGGCGCCUCCAGUGCCCCUGGCGCCAGCUCCCUCGGCGCCUCCGGCCCCCGCGCCUCCAGCACCUGUGGCCAGUCCGGUCACCCGCGCCCGUACGGGCGUUUUUCGCCCGAGCUCGCGCUACACCGCGGAUGA